CACAACAUUGCCCUCGACUUCAUUUGUACUACAAUUCCCAGAAUUCUGCAAGUUGUGGUUUUCAAGUCAGUUCUGCUAAGCUCAGAUUUCCUUUCGUCUUGAGUUCGGGAAUCUGUUCAGUGUAAUUUUCUAAAAUAAAAAAAUAAAGUAGAUCUAUUUAUUAUCGGUUAACCUAAUAUAAAACAGUCAUUUUCAGGCUCAUUGCGAUGCCAUCUUGCGAGGCCUGAGGGAAGGACCUGAACGGGACUAGGCCGCGUCCUCCCUUCACUUCAAGCAGAAGAAGGUUCUUCAAUGUUCAAAACUUCUGGGAGCCCAGAUUCUCUUCAAAAUGCCAUACCUUGGAUCAGAGGAUGCUCUGAAGGAGCUGAAGAGAGCACUGUCUAACCCACAUGUACAAGCUGAUCGCCUCCGCUAUAGAAAUGUUAUUCAGCGUGUGAUCAGGCAUAUGACCCAAGGUAUAGAUGUCUCUGGGGUCUUUAUGGAGAUGGUUAAAGCUAGUGCCACUGUGGAUAUUGUUCAGAAGAAGUUAGUUUACUUGUACAUGUGCACGUAUGCUCCACUGAAGCCUGAUUUAGCUCUCUUAGCUAUCAAUACUCUAUGCAAAGAUUGCUCAGACCCAAAUCCUAUGGUUAGGGGCCUGGCCCUGCGCAGCAUGUGCAGUCUCAGGAUGCCUGGCAUACAAGAGUAUAUCCAACAGCCAAUCCUGAAUGGCCUGCGAGACAAAGCCUCCUAUGUUAGGAGAGUAGCUGUUCUUGGAUGUGCAAAGAUGCAGAAACUCCAGGGAGACUGUGAAGUGGAUGGUGCACUAGUGAAUGAAUUAUAUAGUUUGCUUCGUGACCAGGAUCCUAUUGUGGUGGUGAAUUGUCUGCGGGCCCUUGAGGAGAUUUUGGCACAUGAAGGAGGAGUUGUCAUCAACAAGCCCAUUGCCCACCAUCUUCUUAAUAGGAUGCCUGAUCUAGACCAAUGGGGCCAGAGUGAGGUACUGACCUUUCUUUUGCGCUACAAACCCCGCAGUGAUGAAGAGCUCUUUGACAUCCUUAACUUAUUGGAUAACUAUCUGAAGAGUAGCAGCUGCAGUGUGGUCAUGGCUGCCACUAAACUCUUCCUUGUGCUGGCUAGAGACUUUCCACAUGUGCAGACAGACGUCCUCGUGAGAGUGAAGGGCCCGCUCCUGGCUGCUUGUACUUCUGAAAGUAGAGAGCUCUGCUUUGCUGCUCUGUGUCAUGUGCGUCAAAUCUUAGACAGCCUUCCUGGCCACUUCAGCAGCCAUUACAAAAAGUUCUUCUGCUCUUACUCAGAACCAUAUUACAUCAAGUGCCAGAAAAUGGAGGUGCUGUGCAAACUGGUGAACGAUGAGAACAUACAGCAGGUGCUGGAGGAACUGAGGGACUACUGUACAGACAUCUCAGCAGAACUUGCACAGGGAGCAAUCUUUGCCAUAGGAAAGAUAGCAAGGACCUAUACAGAGCAAUGUGUAAGAAUCCUAACAGAGCUUCUUGAGUUGAAACAAGAGCAUAUAACUUCAGCUGUAGUGCAGGUAUUCCGUGACUUGGUGUGGUUGUGUCCACAGUGUACAGAGACUGUGUCUCAGGCUUUGCCUGGCUGCGAAGAGAAUAUCCAGGAUAGUGAGGGCAAGCAAGCAUUAAUCUGGCUUCUGGGAGUGCAUGGGGAGAGAAUUCCCAAUGUCCCUUAUAUCUUGGAAGAUUUUGUCGACAAUAUAAAAUCAGAGACAUUCUCAGUUGUGAAGGUGGAGUUGCUGACAGCAUUGGUACGCCUCUUCAUAGCACGUCCAGCUGAAUGUCAAGAUAUGUUGGGCCGAUUGCUUUAUUAUUGUAUAGAAGAGGAAAGAGACAUGACAGUUCGGGACCGUGCUCUGUUCUACUAUCGUCUUUUGCAAGCUGGCAUGGAGGAGACAAAAAGGGUUCUGUGCAGCCCCACAUCUGAUCACUCUCUACGACUUCUGGAAGAACAGGCCGAAAGCUCUGUGAAUCUGUGGGCCUCUGACUUCAACACUUUGGUACCCAUCUAUGGCAAAGAACAAUGGACAGCUAUGACAGCUAGCCAGGUUUUGACUGAUCUUCAUCACGCUGACUCCCCUUGUGAAGACGCUUCCACAGUGGGCAAAGCACCCCCAGUGACAGAAGAUAAGGAGAAAGCUCAUUCUGAUAACAGUUCAAGCGACCUUAUUCUAAUGCCCAGCGUGUGUCUGACUGCUGAGCAGUUUGAGAGGACAUGGAUAAAUCUAGAUGUGGGCUGCCAGCAAUCUGUACCCUGGCAGGAAAUGGUGCCUCCAGACGCUAUACAGGCUGCAUUGCAGGUUGUUCAUAUCCAGACCAUUGCAAUGAGUAAAGCUGGUUCCCAGCUGUGGAAGGCCUAUCUGGCAGCCCAGGAUGACACUGGCUGCCUUUUCCUGACUGAAUUGCUGCUUGAGAUUGGAGGAAUAGAGAUACAAAUGUUGGUGAAGCAAAGUGACAACAAGCCUGAAGUGCUGCAGGCCUUUGUCUCAGUCUUGAAGACUGUGCUUGGGACAGUAGCAGGACUAACAUGAACCUUUUUAAACUUCCGUUAUUAAUCAUAGGUGGGAAGAUCCAGUAUGAUUAACUUUACUGUAUUCUUCAGGUUAAAGUUUUAUGAAUUGCCAGUAAAGCCUUUGCACAACCCUUUGUCCCAAGAGUGAUAGGAAUCAAUGAUGCCAGUGAGCAAUUUACUGGUUUGUGGGGGAAGCUCUGCAGGCACUAAGUCUCUUUAAGAUCUUUAGGGCUCGAUGUUUUAAUAAUGAACAAUUAACUCAAAAGUUACACCAAAAUGGAAAAGAAGCCAGGUAAAGCAAAAAAAAAUUAUUAAGAAAACAGAAAAGAUAGAGGUAGAAACCCAACAACCCUACCCCUGAGCAGCCUAAGGAUGCUGUGAGUAAAGGAGCUUCAGACUAACACACACAUUAAUUCCCUCCCCCUCUCUCUCUCCCUCCCCCUCUCUCCCCCUCUCUCUGAUGUGAAGAAAAGUCCAAAUAAGACAGAGAAACAGGUUCUGGGUGAAGAGGACUUUAGACAUUUCUGCAGCUCUUUGCUUCUGUAGAAAAUCCAUCUGGAAUCUUUCCUUUUCGCUGAGGUCUCUGCCUUUGCUUUGCGCUUAUAUAAAUCUCUUCCCUCUGCCUAUAUUUAACCUGUUCCUAAUUUGUGGACUGUCAUUUGGAGUGAAAGAAACACCUUUAGCUGAGGCAAAACAUAGCCUUAAUGAAGAAAAGGGUCUGUGUGCAAAGGGCAGAUAUAGACAUGAUCUCUCACUCUGUGGUCAUGACUUCUAAUGAUUCUUAGAUGUCCCUCUGGUGAAAGUAAUUGAGUUGCCACAUGGGAAAAAGUGUAGCCACUUAUAGUUGUAACAUUCUGAGCCAAUUUUGCAAGAUACCUCAUUUAUUAAGAGUAAAAAAUAAUUAAGUACUGCUUGCUCUAUUGAAUGCAACUAGACCAUUUCCUUCCUUGCCAGGAAGAGGGAAGGGAUUUCAUAGAAAAAUUCCAAUUUGUAUUUUUAAAAUAAGACUUGUAUUCUUCAAAGAUGGUCAUGGAUCCAGGAGAGAAUAUUUCCUAUACCUGAUCUCUUGUUGUUCAGAAUAUGGUAUCUUUCUGCCAAAAAGACUGCAAAUCAUAUUUAUCAAGCGUAGCUCAUAACACUAUGCAUAAGGAAACAUAGUUUAUAAACUAUGGAAAUAGUCAUAUGUUAUCCAGACUUUAUGGGAACUUUAUUCUAAAUAACUUAAGGAGAAAAGGGCUGAUUAGAUUUCAAUUGCGGCUGGAGUAGAGUGUUUCAAAAGGUUCAACAACAGUUAAAAACUGAUGAUGCUUUAAUUCGGGGGUGAGCAACCUUGUGUCUGUCAAGGAUUGCAGUCCAUCACACUUAAACUACUGAAAGCUGUAUGUUGGUACUGCGUGCAGGCCAUGGUAAAAAUGGGUGGAUCACUUUUUUCUGCUAUAACGUUUUCUACUUUCCUUGCCAGUGGAGUGGACAGCAAAAGGCAGAUUACUCUUGUCAGAACUCUGUACUUCUGAUUCCUUGCUGAAAGCCAGAGCAUUGAUUGCUUGCUGUCAUGGCUAGAAGGGAUCCCAGAAGUUGUAAUCCAAAAAAUUAAUAUUUUUCAAUAAGAGUUACCUAAGGAAUUGAUAUUUAUUUUUAGUAUUAGUCACCACUUUAAAAGUAAAUAGAAAAGAAAAAAACGGUUAUGUAACCAAACCAAAAACAGUAGCAGCAAAGGUGAUAAAAAUAAAAGUGAAACUUCA